CAGAAAUCCCCAAUUCCCUCUCAAAUCCCUACCUCUCGCCACACUCCCAGCAGCCAGCGGGCGCUCAACCAAAUCCCCGCCGCCGACCACACUCCUUCGACCAAAUCCCCGCCGCAGUACGUAUUGCUGGCAGCCAUGGGCGGCGCAAGCGUGGCCGUGAGCUCGGUCUCUGGCGAGGGCGGCAGCCUCGUCUUGUCUCCCCCGUCGGUCUCAGGCGUGGCCGCUGCCCCGCCCGUCGCCGGCCGUGGCUCGACCGUCCGUCGCCUGCCGUGGCUCCACCGCCCGUCGCCGGCCGUGGCUCCACCGCCCGUCGCCGGCCGUGGCUCCACCGCCCGUCGCCGGCCGUGGCUCCACUGCCCGUCGUCAGCCGUGGUUACUGAAGGAGGUCUGGCGCCAUGGACAGCCUUGUCUUCGACCGGAGACGUGCCAGGUUUCCUCCGGCGGACGGCCUCCAUGGAUGAGCUGGAGGCUCGCUAUCGCGGUCACGUGCUGCUCGUGACGGCUGUCGGCGUCGGUAGCUCAGCGGUGAUGCCCUUGCGCUUUUGGCGGCCAUGGAGAAUAAUUGCGGCGUCCUGCCGUCAGAGGAGAAGGGGAGGACCUCACUCGAACCCAUCAGUUCACCGCAAUCCUGGCUCCCGUGAUGCUUGAUGACAAGUUCAUCAACUGUGUGUCCUGUUUCUAUGUUCAUCAAGAGCAUGUACUUGUGUAUCCUGUUGCUAUGUACUUUGGCUGAAUCAAUACAAAAUUGCACCUGAAAA